CAAAAAUUCAAAUAUAGGUUAUGUGUGUUUAAGGUUGCUUAUUUAAUAGAUACUCUUAGAUUUUCUUAAUCCUAAUCCGCAUAUGAUUUCGUUUGACGUCUUCUAUAUAUACACUCGUUAAGUUUAUAGCUUUUUUCUUCUUCUGCAUAUAGUCUCCACUAAACUUUCAAUCUCUUUUCGUUUUUGUAAAUCUUUGUGAGAGAGAGAGAGAUGUCUCAACCCCAAAACCUCGACACAACAUACACAAAGAUAUUCGUGGGAGGUUUGCCUUGGGUAACAAGAAGCGAAGGCUUGAGAAGUUUUUUCCAACAGUUCGGAGAAAUUAUCCAUGUUAAUGUCGUUUGCGAUAGAGCAACAAAACGAUCAAAGGGAUAUGGAUUCGUCACGUUCAAAGAUGCUGAAUCCGCAACGAGAGCCUGCGUGAAUCCGAGUCCAAAAAUAGACGGACGAAUAGCCACUUGCAAACUGGCUUCUGAUGGUCAGAACAUUAACCAAAACCAACCCAACAUAACCGGUUUUAGAAGCGACGAUCUUUGUUAUUUAUCCCAAAGUUUUAUGCAAAACCAGCAACAAUUUGCAUAUCUUCAACAACCACCAGCUACUUAUGUUGUACCUUACUGGAACCAACACUAUCAGCAAGAUUAUUCGCAGUAUAAUCUACCGUGGCAGUAUGCUCCACAAGGGUAUAAUCCACAGUAUGAUCCACAGUAUUACCAAAAUUACUUUGUGGUUGAUACCAACAUAACGUAUCAGCAGCAUCCGUCUACGAGCGUGCCGAGAGAUAAUCGAGCGGAGUAUCAGGGUUUGACUAUACGCUCGUUGCCUUCGAGCCCAAAAGAUUCACCUACCUUGAAUGAUGAAACAAAUCCAAUGUCCGAUGAAAGCAGUCAGAAUUAGGAAUUUCAUGUGAUCACCACUUUUUUAUUUUAUUUUGGUUGUCUUCUUUUAUUUACCUCUUUAU